UAUGCUGAUUUGGCUAAUGAUCUGGAGAUCAACAAAGCUGUCAUGUACUUGAGGCAGAAGAACUUUAAGGAUGCAGUGGAAACGUUGAAAAUGUUUGAAAAGAAAGAAACAAAAGUAGCAAGCACAGCAGCUACCAACUUAUCUUUUCUUUAUUUCUUGCAAAAUGAAAUUGAAAUGGCUGAGAAAUAUGCUCAGAUGGCAAGAGAUUCGAAUGGAUACAAUGAUUCUGCUUUGGUAAAUUUAGGUAACUGCUGUUUUCAAAGAAAAGAUUAUGAGAAGGCCCGUGAGCAUUAUGUUGCAGCGCUUGACAUUGAUGCAUCUUGUGUUGAGGCUCUUUAUAACUUGGCACUGACUAACAAAAAGCUUGGGCACUUUGGUGAAGCCUUGGAUUCAUUGUUGAAGAUGCAUGCUAUUGUCAGAAAUUACCCACCUGUAGUUUACCAGAUAGCGAGUUUGUACCAGCUUCUCCGUGAUUACGAUCAGGCAUCAGAAUGGUAUCUUCAGUUGCUUGGUCUUGUUCCAACUGAUCCUCACAUACAUCAACGCUUGGGACAAAUAUUUGAUUCUGAAGGAGAUAAACAGCAAGCAUAUCAGUACUAUUUUGAUUCAUAUCGUUACUUUCCAAGUAAUCUUGAAGUAAUUGACUGGCUUGGAUCAUACUUUAUCGAGCAUCAAGUAGCUGAGAAAGCUAUUAGUUAUUUUGAGCGAGCUGCUUUAAUGCAACCAGAUGAAUCAAAGUGGCACCUGAUGGUUGCAGCCUGUCAUAGGAGAUCUGGAAAUUAUCAGCAAGCACUCCAGACAUAUAAACAGAUCAAUCGAAGGUUCCCUGAGAAUGUUGAAUGCCUUAAGCUGUUGAUUCGGCUUAGUAAUGAUCUUGGCUUAAAGGAAGCUGCUGAGUAUGCUCAAGAACUGAAGAAAGUGGAAAGAGUCCAUGAACAGAGAGAAAGUCGUGCUGCUAGUGGAUCACGUCCUGGUUCACGAAGAUCCUCAUCACGGGCAUCACGUAGUGGUUCAGCAGCAUCUGGAUAUGAGGAGGCAGGUGUUUUGCCUCCCAAGAGUCCUGGCGCAAGAGCUAGUGCAUUUAGUGCUCGCAGUAUACCUGGGUCAGCAUUAAGUGGAAGGGCAACACGACUUUCACUGAAUGACCUUGAUGAGAAUGAACCAUACAUUCCUUCGAAUAAAGAAAUUGAUAGCAGUUAUGUUGAUCCCUUAGGUCCUCUACAAGAGAGGCCAAAAACCAGCUUGAGGAGAAAGCAAGAUGAAGAUGAUUUUGGAGAUGAUGAUAUUGGUGAUGAUCUUUUGCCAGAGUAAAUAUAGAGCAGGUACUCCAAAUGAGUUGGAAGUCCUCCAAUUCGACUGGGUGGUAUUUAUGUGGGGUUCCGGAUUGCAUCCUGCCUCCUUAGGAGUCCAUCACUUUUCUUACUAUGUGCGCUGUUUCUAGGAUCACACUCUUUUGCAUGAGUCCUGGAGUUACUUCAGCAUCUAGUUUUUCUAGAUUCCUUUUCAGGGAUCUUGGGAUCGUGCCUAGUGCUCCUAUGAUUAUGGGUACGAUUUCCACUGGCAUAUCCCAUAUCCUUCUUAUUUCUAUUUUCAGAUCUUGAUACUUAUCCAUUUUUUUCCUCUCUUUCUCUUCAACUCUGGUGUCCCAUGGUAUUGCGACAUCAAUGAGUGAUACUUUCUUCUUGACUUUGUCAAUCAACGUCAUGUCUGGUCUAUUUGCACGUAUCACCCUAUCCGUUCUGAUACCAUAGUCCAAGAGGAUCUUUGCGUGAUCGUUUUCUAUCACUCCCUCAGGUUGGUGCUCGUACCACUUAUUACUGCAAGGUAGCUGCUGAUAUUAUUAUUAUUAUUAUUAUUAUUAUUAUUAUUAUUAUUAUUAUUAUUAUUAUUAUUAUUAUUGUAUUGUAGUCUAAUAACUCUUAAGAGCUCACCUAAGGAUUUUUAAUAAAUGAAAAUUGAAAAUGGAGCAAGCUAAAGAACUUUGACAGCUUAGUGAACAGAUUAUAAGUUAAAAACACAAAGCAAAGCACUUUUAGUCAAAGGAAGGAUUGCAAGGAACCUUAGCACCAUUUACAAUGUGUCAAGUAUUAAAGGUACAUUGUAAGUAGUAACUCCUACAGUGGGAUUUUGCCAUGAAGUGUGAUACAUUUUUGUUCACUAUUAUUUUGAACCGAUUCUAAAACUGGAGAUUCAUCUUUUGUAGUUUUCCAGUAAAUUUGGUAAUACUAGUCAACUAAUUCUUACUAGUCAUUGAUGAUCUCAUUUUAAGUUUAUUCUUAACUGAAAUGUAAGUGCAAUUUUGUCAUCCGAUUAUAGAGUUUUAUCCGUCCAUGCAGUUUUAUAGAAUUUCUAUAUAUUAUUCUGAUAACCUUUUAAAUGAUCAUACAGGCAGUAUAUACAAAUGAUCAUACAGGAAGUACUAUAUAUAAAGAAUUAGAGGAAAAACAUGAAAAAUAUAUUUUUCUUAUGUGUAUUUGAUACUCAGUGUAAAGAAAGAGUUUAUAUAUAUGUAUACAUAUGUACCAUAGGCUAAAUUCCCAAUUAUUUUUUACAACUUUGUUUUGCCAUACAAUAUCAUUGUCAGUGACCUUUUUAUCAAGAUUUAGUUACGCUCUUUAUCAUUAUCUAUGAUUCUUUUACAGCAUUUACAGUACUUAAUUAUUUAUUAUUCAUGAUAGUUCAGAAGAUGACAAUAUUAUUAAUGAAAAGUCAUACCAAGAACUACUAUAAAAAAUACAGUUCAUUUUAAAAAUGCAUAUACAUGUGUCUACAUAUUUCCUUCUUUGCUCACUCAAUUCAGCAACCCUUUUGAACAUAGCGUGUUGCUACAUAUUGCAAGUUUUUCAUAAAUGCGUGAAACCACCUCUCUUGUAGUGAUUAUUAUUGGUGGUGUUUUUAAGGAAAUUCUAGCCUGUUCUUGUUUGAGCUGUAUUUUGAAUUUUAUAGUUUACUGUUGUAUAAAAAUGUCAUCGGCUUUUACAGUAAUUACGAUAAUUACCGUUUUUAUCAGUAACAGUUGUUCACGUGGGUCUAUAAAAGUAGUACACAUUUGCCUUUAUAUAAUUACAGUUGUGAUUUAUGUUAAAUGUUUUAUGCAUAAUGUUAUGAAUAAAACUUAUCCUGAAGGUAUUAUAGUAAAUUAUAUUUAUUGUUUGAAUAUUUUUUAAACCAUUAUAUUUAAUCUUAUUCAUUUGGGAUUUUUACGUUAAAGAAACACUAGAUACUAAAUAAAACUGGUUUUGACUUGGGAAAAACAUAUUUUGGUAGCUGCUGUUUGUCCUCAAAGGAUUUACACUCAUGGUCUAUAAGACGUCAACCAAUUACAAAGAAUGUUUUUAUAUUUAGUCUUAGCAGAAUAGUAUGAAGGACUCAGGACAGAAGGGCUCUAUCUCAUGUCCUGCAACUACUACUUCAACUCUACAUCUCACUUGCACAGAUAUGGUAACAGCCUGUUUUGCCCAUCUUCAUUACACUGGUCUGUCCAAAAGUUCACAAGUCCCCAGGUUGUGCUUUGAAAAAUGUGUUGGACUAUGCAUUUUUCACCAAUUAAAGCUUCAGAGUGCUAAUGAAAAGUACUUUAAUAUAACCCAAGUUUUUAAAUAAAUAAGCUUCAAAAUCAACAAAGUAAAUUUUCUAAGCUGACAAUAAAGAUUUUGGUAUUGCUAUCAGGUGGUAAUUCAUCCAUCAUAUAUGAUUUUUGCCUGUAGCCUAAAAAAGCUGAUAGGGGACAGAGUCUUUAUUCUUUCUAUAAAAGAACCAUAUAGGAAAAAUGUUGCUAUAGUAUAUAUAUUGUUAAAGAGUUUGCUAGACAGUGACUAUUUGGCUCUUCAUAGACAUCUGCCUUUGCCUUAAAAGGGUAUAGGUAAUUGGAGCUAUCAAACAACACAAAACCAAUGAAACUAAGAUCAUUAUAAUGUAGUGGUAAUAUAGUACUACUGAGAAUGCUUGCAAUAGGAAGAGUAUAACACUUAGCUACAAAUUACGAAUAAACUACGUAAGUACAACGUACUAUUUGUGAAAUUUAGUAUUAAAUUACAAGAACAGCAGUUUAUAUCAGAUGAAAUAUUAAGGCUUCAAAAUUGUGGGAGUUGAGCAAUAAAGGGAAGUCAGAAACUUCUCUUGAAUGAAGAGGUAGUGAUUGAGUAGAAAGAGAGGAAUAUAUUACAGUGGAAGUAAAUGCACUAAUGAAUUGUAAAGAGCAAAUGAUGUACCCCAAAACACAAAGCAUAGCAAAAAGGAGGAACCAUAAAAUGAACAGUUACUGUGAUGGAAGCACACACGGGAUAAAAAGGGUGGGCGGAGUGGAGCGAGCUAACAGGACAUAUAGUUGUGGAAAAAGGAAGGAUGAAACAAAAUAUUUUAGUGAUACUUUACUGUAUGUAUAUGAAAAUACUUGUACAAAGUAUAUGAUUUGUUGAAGGUAAAUCUA